GCUUUUAUUGAUUUGGAACUGAGCUAUGGCAGACGCCGUGCUAGAUCGCCUGACUGCAAGCAACGUCUUCGACCUGGGAGGUGUGGUAGCGGUAGUCACGGGCGGCGGGACGGGCAUAGGCCUUAUGAUGAGCACCACCCUGCUCGCAAAUGGGGCAACCGUGUACAUCAUCGGACCUAAGCAGGAGGACUUGGACAAGAUGGCAAAAGUGUACAAUGACGCCGCAGAGAAGACCGGCAAGCCCGGGAGGAUGCACGGCAUCCAGGGCGAUAUCCGCUUCAAGGCCGAGGCCCUCCGCCUCGCCGACGAAGUCGGCAAACGCGAGCAGCACGUUACCGCGCUCUUCAACAACGCAGGCAUCAUGGCCGGGCAGUUCGCCCCGCCCGCCGCACCCACCGCCGCGGCCUUCCGCGCAGCGUACUUCGACCCCAUCACAGAAGAGGACUUCGACCUCUCCCUGCGCACGAACGCCGUGGGCCCGUACUGGCUCACGUUCGCGUUCCUCCCGCUGCUCGAGCGCUGGAAGGCGAGCGCGGGCGCGGGCGGCGCGCGCGUCGCGCCGCAGGUCGUGAUGACGUCCAGCAUGAACGGCUGGACGAAGGACCCGCGCACCGCGAGCCGCUCGUUCCCGUACAUGUUCUCCAAGGCCGCGCUCGGGCACGCGACGGCGGCCCUCGCGCACGAGCUGCUCCCGCUCGGGAUCCGCGUCAACGGCAUCGCGCCCGGCCUCUUCCCGACCGAGAUGAGCGCGCCGGGCACGAUCGACGCCGUUGGCGCGUCGCGGAUCCCGCCGGACCUCCGGUUCCCGUUCGCGGUACCCGCUGCCGCGCCCGGGCAGCCGGGCGGCACGAACAAGGACAUGGGCGCGCUCGUGCUCUGUCUUGUCGCGAACUGGUUCAUUAACGGAGAGACGGUGCUCAUUGACGGUGGGACGUUGCUUGAGCACGCGUCGUCGUACUGAGCAUGGCGUGCAAGGCGACUGGAAAGGCAUGGCUGUUCGCUGGCUGAGGCUGCUGCGUCAUUAUUUGCCGACAAUUCUGAUCACUCGGAAUACGUAGAGUCCUAAUAACGUUAAGUUCGCGGGUUGGCUCUGGCUUUCACCCAAGCUGCUCCUGAUCUUUGUUCUCGCGCCCAUCAUUCAGAUGGUUCUCGAUAGUUUGCUGAUCAUCAUUCAAGUAUGUA